CUUUGUGUGAGUACCAUGCUUGUUAGGAAAAAUGAAACAUAACCAAAAACAUCAAAGAUUUAGGUUGGGUUCCGUAAUUGUUUGCUGCAGUUUACUGGUUGCCUCGUAUUUACUAGUUUUCUUCACAAAACAUACUUGGUCUUGAAAUCACGUAUUGUUUGAGUCUGAAAGCAAGAAAUUUUACAACCGCCGAUCCACGUCCAUAAUUUCAUUAAAAAUGACUGCAAGAGAAGUCAACAAAACGAAAUUGUCGAAAGGUAUUUUGGAAAUGAAGUUCAUGAAACGAACCAAAGAGAAAGUGGAAAAGCAGCUGUUUCAAGAAGAAGGCGAAGAAUACUUUGGGGCACAGCUGACUAAUCAGAUGAAGAAAGGAUCGGAUAAAUUCAUCAUUGAGCCAAGCUUUGUAUUUUGUGAAGGUUUGCUUGACGGUCGAGUGAGCUUUCGCGGUAUGAAUCCAGAGAUAGAGAGACUGAUGGAAUUAGAAGAAGAAGCUAAGCAAGCUUUGACUCAGAAACAGAAUGAGACCGAAAUAUCUGAUGAACAGAUGGCAAAGCAUUACAGAUCCUCGGCAGUAGAUACAAUGGCAAAGAAAUUCAGGACUAAACAUGAAAACAAGAAAUAUGUAAGGGAUGACAGCAUCGAAAUAGAACCUGUAGAGAAAAAACCAAAAUUUUUAAAACCAUCCGAUUAAAAAAGAUGAUCGUAUACUAAAUGUGGUUUGUAUUUGGAUAAAGAAAACAGAUGAGCUUGUUAUACGUCUCUUAUUUUUAUCAGGAGUUGAAAAUUCCUGUUACAAAAAAAUUCACUUUUGUAAAUACAUGUCUGCGUGUGCAUUUGUGUGGAUGUAUAUGGGCACUUAGUAGCUUCAUAGUUUGAAAUCGGGUUUAAAACUUGAAAGAGCAUAGAAAACCCACAUUUUUAUUAUCUUUGUAUGCAGCUCGAAUUUCGCAUAUUGCUUAUUUUUUUUUUCCUCUUCUCCACAGGUAGAUUUACCUGAGUUAAAUUCAUGCUUUCCCGAAUUUCCAACCAAUAUGUACACCUAGUCUAAUCGUUCCUAAUAUUUAUUGUUAAAUCAAAACUUUUUUUCUCCAAUUAAUUUCAUCAUCAAUA